AUGCCCUCUUUCCUGUCUUGCUUACCCUCUCGGAGUUCCGCUGCUGUCCAAGACGAGCCUCUGCUGCCUACAGCCGACGCAAGCAAACGUGUCGUCAAGUCGUGUAUCUUUUGCAAUGCUACGAGAGAGAACGGCUUUGCGGUGAUAUAUGAGGACGAAGAAUUUGUGGCUUUCCAUGAUAGAACGCCUAGAGCAAAGGAGCACAUUUUGGUCAUUCCUCGAGCUCAUGCCGCCUCAUCCGUGCGGGACCUGACAUCACAGGAUAUUCCGAUGGUACGGAAGAUGCUAGCACUGGGCUGUCAGCUUGUGCCCCCGUCGCCGCCGCCAAAGGCAGGCUUCCAUAUACCACCCUUCUCUUCGGUACCUCAUCUCCACUUACACAUAUUCUCUGGUCCCCAUACCUUUAUUGGAAAGUUCAAAUACCCUAUUACUAGGCAUGGAGAAGGUGAGAAGGGGUAUGGAUGGUUCAUCACUCCAGAUCAAGUGGUACGGAUAUUGCAGAAGGGAGGCAAGAUUGACUUGGGCAGAGGUUGA